UUUUCUUUUUUGUUCUUCUGUUGAUGGAGUGUACAAUGUGAUGAUAGCAACUUUUUGAACUACUUUUUGGAAUGUAGUUUUAUGGUUAAUCUUACUUUUUUUUUUUACAAGAUUCUACAGUGUUUGGUCUGUGUUUUGAGCUUGAUGUCUCCUAAAGUUCUCAGCUUUACAGAAUGCAGGUUUUUUGCUUAAAAGUAAAAAGGAAAAGUCGAAUCUUGAAGAGUUUGAUGGACUCUCUUUACGUUGUGUUUUAAGCUUUUUUUGGAGUCGUGUGUUUAUUCCUUUUUUUUUUUGCUUCUACUUUAGAUGCAUUUGGUUCUUUCUUGCAGGUUUUAAAAUUUUGAACCAUUUUUCUUCAUUUUAAUUUGAAGCUUUUAUCUUUAGCUUAUCUGAAUCUGACUUUAGAGAUUUUGCAAAGAAAACUCAGGUGGGGUUUUAUGGGAAAGUAUUUUCAGCAAUUAUUUGCUUAUGUUCAAAUAUUUAUCGAGGAUACGACUCUCGACAAGAUGUGUAGGCAGAGAAUUAAGAGUUAGUGGGGCAGAGGGCAUUGAAACAGGAAAUUUUUUCUUAAUACCAAGAUUUUACUUUGUGGGCCAAAAGGUUGUUGAGAUAUGCAGACCCCAAAAGCAAGAAACAGUUCCUCUGAAGUGCCACAAAAGAAAUCGCCACGAGGCAAUACCACGGAAGUGCCUCUAAAGAUCUCUCCGCGAGCUGUGAGAUCUCGAGAAGCUCCUCAAAAGAUUUCACCUCGAGCGGCUUCUCAAGAUGUGCCCCAAAAGAUUUCGCCCAGAGUUGCGCGCCGCCUGAAGACGGGUGCACUAGAUUCUGACUCUGUAUCUUCUCCUCAUGGUAAUAGUAGGACACCAAAAGAGAGAAGGCCUAAAGUCACUGAGCAGAAGUCUCCCAAAAGUUUGGAGUCAGAGAAGAAGUGUCCGAGCAGGGUAUCUGAAUUGGAGUCCCAAAUCACUCAGCUAAAAAAUGAUCUUAAGGGAAAGAUAAGCUCGUCAGAAGCAUGCAAAAAGCAAGCUGAAGUAGAGGCCGAGGGGUCGAAGGAACACUGUACAAUAUUAUCCGCGGAACUGGAUCAGUCCCCGAAACAGCUUUUGGAGCAACCUUCUUCUGAGAAUCCGACAUUGUGUUCAGAACUUGAGACAAUCCAAAAACAGCACUCGGUUGACUCAGCUGCAUUGACUUCUGCCUUGAUUGAGAUCAAAGAACUAAAGGCUCAGCUUGAGACUGUUGCUGAAUCCGAGGUUACCAAAACAAAGAACGCGGAAGCAGCACAAACUGAGCUCCAAAACUUGAAACAAAACCUGGCGGAUACUCUUUCGCUUAUGGAAGACAUGAAGAAACAACUAAAGGAUAGCAAAGAUUCAGAAGCUCAAGCUCAAGCACUUGUUACUGAAACUCUGUUGCAACUGGAAUCAGCAAAGAAGACUGUAGAGACCCUCAGGUCCGACGGUAAUAAAGUUAUGGAGGCAUACAACACUAUAUCUUCUGAGUUGGAUCAGUCGAGGGCACGUGCAAAUUUGUUGGAAGACGUUGUUUGCAAACUCCAAACUGAUGCUAGCAAUGUUGGUGAAACUGAAAUUGUCGAAGUUGAUGAAAGUAAGGAAACAAUUGAGGCGGAACUGUCUUCUCUGAAAUCGGAAGUUGAACGUCUGAGAGCUGAUCUGGUAGCAGCUGAAAUCAAAUACAACGAAGAAAAAACUCGAAGCACACUUGAAAUUAGAAGUGCGUAUGAGUUGGUGGAGCAAAUCAAGGAAAUGUCGAGGCAAAGGGAAGAUGAGCUGCAGGGAGAUUUACAGAAGUUCAAAACACAAAUAGAUGAGUUGAAGGCAAAUUUAAUGGAUAAAGAAACUGAAUUGCAGGGUAUUUGCGAGGAGAAUGAGAAUCUUACCAUGAAACUAGAGAAUGCCAAAUCUGGAAAAGGAGAAAAUGAACUUGAAAAGGAGCUUCAGAGAUCAAGACUUGAUAUUGAAAAUCUGAAGGCAAAUUUGAUGGACAAGGAAACCGAACUGCAGAAUAUUUUAGAGGAAAAUGAGAUCCUGAAACUAGAAACUAACAAAAAGGAAAGCAAUAGAGGUAAAGUGAAGGAUGAAGUUGCUGCUGAACUAGAGGGCGCAAAGACUGCAGAACGAGAAGCUCAGAUGAAGCUCGGGUAUAUGAAAGAGGAAGUUGAUAAGAGUAACCGGCGGGUAGCUAGGGUAACUGAGCAGUUGGAUGCAGCUCAAGCUUCCAAUGCAGAAAUGGAAGCCGAACUAAGGAAGCUAAAGGUUCAGUCUAACCAAUGGAGAAAAGCUGCAGAAGUUGCGACUGCUAUGUUAUCAAAUGGCAAUAACGGGAAAUUCAUGGAAAGAACUGGAUCAAUGGAUAGUCAUUACAGUCCCGGCAAGAUUAGCUCACCUUACUUCGAGGACAUGGAUGAAGAUUUAAUGAAGAGAAAAAAUCCAAACGUGCUUAAAAGGAUCGGGGAGUUAUGGAAGAAGCCAAUGAAAUAGGAAAAGUAUGAGGAAGGUUAUUUCUGAUCCUUGUGUAUUUAACCUCUUAGUUUAUGCAUUUGAAACAAAAUGAAAUGGGACUUCUAGUUAUUGUAAUCAUAUAGAAGCUCUGCUCAGUUUAGAACUGAGUCUAAUGAUUGUUCAAUUCCAUUGCUCUUUCAUGUUUUAAUAUGAUAUAUCUAUGCAGUUAUUAAUA